AUGAGUUAUUAUGAAAAAGCAAUGCGACCGAAAGCUUCGAAAACAGUCAUAGUUUUGGAUAGAAGUUCGAAAUUUAAUGAUUUGUCAAAUGAACAAUUUGAUUUGAAUAUUAAAGAAGGAUCUAAAAUCAAAACGGUUGGUGAUUUUUGGGAAGAGAAAUGUGGGUAAAACUGCUUUACAAAAUUGAAAAAAAACUCUUCCAGGUUGCAUCAUGUAAGAAAACAAUCUGGUCAUGGUGUCUCGAGGGUAUUUUCGAAAUGCAUCGAAUCAUUUCCGAUACAUUUCCAUUAGGCGAACCACUUAUUCGUUUUGCAGUUUCGGAUGUUCCAUCAAGUGGUAAUUCAAGCAGAUUAUUAGAUUCAGAAUGGGGUGAGAAAUUAUCAACACGAAAAGAAAUGUUGGAAUUAUUGAAAAAUGUGAGAGGAGCAUCGAAAAAUGAAGACGAAAAGAAUGUAUCACCAAUUAGUGGAUUGAUGUUGGCAAUUGAUGCAAUUGGACAGAAUUUGAAAGAAAAACAGGAUACUGAAAUUGAGAAUUUCAAGAAAAUUGAGCCAGAUAGUGCUGGAAAUAUUAUCAUUUUUACGAGGUACUCGCGAAAUUGUCAAUUUCCGAAUAUAAGUGUUUUUGCAGAUAUACUCAACAAGAUGAUGUCGAAAAACUGCAAUCGGAAGUCGCAAAAUUGUUAGAAGCCCGAAAUAAAAUAUCGCUAACUCUCCCAACACCAGCUAAACAAAUCUCAAAAAUUCGAUUAUUUAUCGUCAAUUUUUAUGCGUUGGGAGAAGAAUGUAAUGUAAAGACAAAACCGCUUCUGAAAUUUUCGGAAGGAAGUGUUUUGGAAACAUGGGUUAUUUCAAGAAGUGCUGGUUUUAUGGCUGAAGCAAUUCAUUCAAUGAUUAUAUCUGCAUUUAGACUCAUUUCAACAACUAUUACCAAAAUUCCAAUGAAAGAAGAGAAUCGAAGGUUUGUUUAUAGUAAAAUCGGGAGAGAAUGUUGUUUUUCAGCUCUGCAAUUUAUGACGUCGAAUUGUUUCAUGUCAAACCAGUUCAUUCGAUUUUGAAAAGGCUUGGAGUUAUAUGUGUAAGUUGAUUUAUUAGAAAAUCUGGAUUCGUUGAAGUUACGAUAAGUCUCGUACCCCUUAAAUCAGGAGUGUUUUGGUUGUAAAAAAAUCACUAAAUUAAAUCCAAAAUUGCUAUCAUCAUCUCAAAUCUAAAGUGUUUUUCAGGACAAAAAUACAAAAGGAUUUGCAACAGAAGGUGUAACAUAUGAAACAACUCGUUUAGCAUGGGCAACAGUUUCAAAAAUCAAAUGGUCUCUUUUCGGAAAUCAUCGAACUGUUGUCCCGUGCACUUCUGUUCAAGCAUAUACACGACAAUCGGCUUGUUUGACACAAUUUUUAAUGGAUGGAAGAAGUGUUUUAUUGGAUUUGGAAAGAACUGGAAAAGUUGCAAAAUAUCCGAAUAAUGUUGGAAAAUUCUUGAUUUCACAUAUGUUGAAAGUGAAUAAUGGGCGGAUUUUUAUACAUGAAAUCGAUUUCAUACCAAAAAGUGAGGCUAAUUUGAUAUUUCUUUUUCAAAAAAACAAUAUUGUUCAGAACAUCCUCGAAAUAUUGAUCGACUUUUGCCUUGUGAACCAUCAGCUUCAGUUGAUCGAUUGAAUACUUUACAAUAUAAACAUAUUUUCCAACAAAUGAGAUUGAAAAAGGUUGAAAUUAAUCAUUUGAAAUCGAAUUCGAAAACUGUAAGUAUUCAUUUUGUUCUAUUCAAAACCUCUAUGUUUCUUCUUUUCAGUAUGAUCCAUUUAAUAUGAAACAACCUCGGCUGAAAUUACAAAAAUUGACUCGAAAUGUUCCACUUCAUCUUGAGGACACAUUUGUAUUCCAACCGCAUGUGAUUAAGAAUUUUGAACCUUUGCUAACAAUUAUUACGAAGGAUGAAUUGAGUGAUGUCGAUAUUGAAAAUUGUAGAGCGGUAAGUCUUUUUUCACGUAUUUUCUCAAUAUCUAAAAAAAAGGUUCCAUAGUCAAUUUACAAAAUCAAUGUUUUUUUCCAGAAUAUUCUGAAAUUGUACGAAAAACGUGAAAAUGGAACUCAUCUUGUUCUACCAUCAGUUGAAUUAAAAGCGAAUGCGAUCAAAAAUUUGGCAGAUUGCAGUGAACAAAUGAGAGUUGCAUUUGUUGAAUUGUCGAAAUAUUUGGCAAAUUAUCGAGAUUUCAGUGAAAAACACAUCGAAGUUCAUGAAAUAUUCAAGAAAACACUUGGAAUUGAUUUAUUGAUUAAAGACGAUUCGCCGGAUUCGGAUACCGAAUUAGAUCAAAGGUUUGUUCAAGAAAUUAAAAAUAAUUGUUUUAAUUAUUUAAAAAAAAUUUCAGUGUUGCUCGAAUGUUCAAUUCUUCUUCUUCUUCUUCCCAUGCAAAAUCAACUGAUAAAAAUGAUAAGGAAACUUUUUUGAAAAAAUUGAGAACUUUUUCGAAAGAAGAUGGUGAAAUCUCAGAUGAAAAAGAGGAUGAACCAAUGAAGAAAAAAUUAAAGAAAAAAGAAGAACAUGUACAAUAUUCCGCAAAAGGUAAAGGGAAACGGGAAACUGAUUUCUGGAAAAAUAUUUUCACUUUGAAAAAACCGUAGGGUUUCCGGCCAGAAAAUCAAGUAAAAUAUAGGUUUCAAAAUUUUUAAAUAAUUUUUUGCAAAAUAUUCUACUUUGAUAGCUCUUUCUCUUUGUAUACUCAUUUCUAUAUGCCGAAAUUUUAAAGUUCAGGUUUUUUUUUGAAAAUCUCUUAUUCAAAUGAAAUCAACACCUACAAAAACUGUAAUUCAAUAAUAAUAUUUAUUUUUUCCAGAUCUCAACAUCAAUUUGCUCUCAAUUUUCUGCGACAAAUACGAAAAACACGUGGCAAAAACACGACGCGAAUUUGUUGGUCGCGAAUUAUACGGGGAAAAAGCGAAACUUUAUGUUAAUUUGGAUUCUUUGGCUGAAAAUGGUGCUGAAAAAACAGCAACGCCUCCGCCUUCUGCACAACAGCGAUUCAAAAAUUAA